GUUUCCAACCACCUCUUAUUGUGUUCCAAAUCCAUGUAAGAUCACAAACCAAAACACUCCUUUAUCUUACGGUGCCACCCUUUGAAUCCAAUUUUCGUUUGAAUUUCACUCCAAAGCAGCUCCAUUUUAGAUAACUAAAUAGUAGACACUGAUCAUCACCUUGUUGAGAGAGAGAGCUUGACAUUGAAAAAUCAAAGCCAAAGCCAUCGUUUUUCAGCACCCCAGAUCGUUGUUUGAAUAUUCCAAAUAUGAAUCGUAUCGAUGAUGGUCCUGUGAUUGUGAAGGAGGAGUUUCCUGGUGAAGGGUUGGUUGCUCCACAGCCGCUUGAGGGGCUUCAUGAAAGUGGUCCUCCACCAUUCCUCACAAAGACUUAUGACAUAGUUGAUGAUGUUUCCACUGAUGAGAUAGUUUCAUGGAGCAGAGCAAACAACAGCUUCGUUGUGUGGGAUCCUCAAGCUUUUUCCAUCUCUCUUCUCCCCAAAUACUUCAAACACAACAACUUCUCCAGCUUUGUCAGACAGCUCAACACCUAUAGGUUUAGAAAGGUGGAUCCUGACAAAUGGGAGUUUGCUAAUGAAGGUUUCCUUAGAGGACAAAGGCAUCUAUUGAAGAUCAUAAGGAGGAGGAAGAGCAGUGAGCAACCUCAGGCAGCACAACAAUCUAUGGACCAUUGUGUUGAAGUGGGGAGGUUUGGAUUAGAUGGAGAAAUCGAUGGAUUGAGACGUGACAAGCAGGUUCUGAUGAUGGAGCUGAUGAAACUUAGACAGCAACAGCAGAACACAAAAAACCACCUUCAAUCAAUGGAAAGUAGGCUCAAAAAGACUGAACAGAAACAGCAGCAGAUGAUGAAGUUCUUGGCAAGGGCAAUGCAGAACCCCAACUUCUUGCAACAAUUGGUUCAAGAAAGGGAGUGGAGGAAGGAGCUGGAGGAAGCUAUUUCCAACAAGAGAAGAAGGCCUAUUUGUGAUGCUGAAGAAUGUUCAGUUUUGGUUAAACUUGAACAGGAGGAGUACAAUGAGAUUUCAGAGCUUGAGGUUUCUGACAUAGAGCUUGCUAUGGAAAUGGAGGAACAAAGUGGAAGCCAAGAGAACAUUUGUGGUGAAGAGGAGAAAGGAGGUGAAGAUGAAAAUAGAAAUGAAGGCAUUGAGGAAGUACUGUGGGAAGAACUUCUGAACGAGGGUGUUGAAGAAGAUCUCCUAGCAUUGGAAAAUGAUGAUAAUGAACAUUUAACUUUGUUGUCUGAAGAACUUGGUUAUUGAUGCACUGCAAGGUUGUGUUUGCCAUUCCUUGCUUUCAUCAAUUUACAACUUUUGGUAAAAAUAACUUCUAACAUGAUCUUGUGACAGAUUUUACAUA